UGUAACAGAGGAACCUCUUCUGUCUAACUGAAACUUUGUCACUUCACUUCCUCUUCUCGUUCAGUUUAUAGAAGCAUCAUUGUAACCUUCCGCCUGUGUUGGUGUUGGUUUCACAGUGUCUCAGCUCUCUUGACAGAAAUGGACCGUGCUCAAGGUGGUAAAGCGUUUGGUCUUCUAAAGUCUCAGCAGGAGGAAAAGCUAAACGGUAUAAACGAGGCUUUUCUCACAGAUCCUAAAUAUGAAGGAGAGGAAGACCUGGCCUCAAAGCUUGAAAUGUUUAAAAAGAAAUACAUGGAAUUUGAUCUUAACGACAAAGGGGAAAUAGACAUAAUGGGUUUGAAGAGGAUGUUGGAGAAACUUGGAUUGGCCAAGACUCACCUGGAACUGAAAAAAAUGAUGGCAGAGGUGGUUGGAAGUAGCUCCAUAGACACUAUCAGCUACAAUGACUUCCUCAAUAUGAUGCUGGGAAAGAGAAAUGCAAUCCUAAAACUGAUCUUGAUGUUUGAAGGCAUGGGAAAGGAAGAAGAGCAGAAAGAAGUUGGACCACCUCGUCGUAAAACCUUUUCAGACCUGCCCUGACCUGCCCUGACCUCCCAUCCGAGCUGAAUUCUGUCAAUAAACCUCUUCCCCCCCCACCCCCACCCCUAGAUUUUAAAAUCAAUCAAAGGUAAAGUUGUGAAAAAAAUGAAACAUGAAGUAAAAUGUGCAAUUUUCAUGAAGAGAUGUAAACUAGCCUGCAUGUACUAGAACUGUACUGUUCUAGGUGUUUGUUCAAGUACUCUGAUAAUGUGAAAUGUACAUGGCAGGCAAAAUAUGUGAUCAGUGUGGUUCAUGUUAGAAGGUCAGCAGUUUUACAAGUUCAUUAAAAAUCACGUGGUUAAACAGUCA